AAUAAGUUUGAAACUGCCAUGGCCAUGUUAGGCUUAUGCCCUGUGAAUAUUUAGAUUUUUUGGAAAGCUCAUCAGAAUGCUUAAUGUGUUUUUCAAGCAGCACCACAAACUUUCUUGAUAUAUUUCCGUACUUCAAACACCUUUUCGAAAGUUGAAGAUAGUCGAGACAAAUGUAAACGCUUUUAUUGUAGAGCGUUUUGUUUUCUAUCCCAAAUCGUCAUAAACUUCUCGAAUAAUCAAUCCAUAGUUUAUGGUUUUUAAAUAUUGUUUAAGAAUGUGUUCGCGUUUUUAGACGGAACUGCAUUGUUGGUUCCUCCACAAAAAAAACAAAAAGUCAUACAAGCAUCAAACAUUCCUGAUCUUUUUGAUACCAAUAUCAUUGACCACUUAUAUCUCAAAUCUCCAAGUGUUCUCACAAGUAAUGACUCAAUCCAAGACCUACAUUUUAACCUAGCAUCCACAAACGAAAUUUCGUCUGUUAUGGCGAAGACAUCGACAUCACCGAUAUACUGGUUACAACAAAACGACAAUCCUCUUGAUCAUGAUACUCCAUUGGUUGAUAAGAAUUUACCCUUUAAAUACAAUGAUGAUACAUUGUAUGACGAUCAAAAUGAAGUUAGUCUCAAAACACCUGGACCCACCACAGUACUGAAUACUUUUAGUGUUUUGGGCUAUAUUCUUGCACAUAUGCAAGGUAAGCUUGUUUUCACAUUAUUAUUAAAUAAUUGACUGAAAUUCUGUUUUGGCUAUGCCAGAAUGAUAAUCGGAUUAAAAUAAUUUAUUUUAUUUUUCCAUCGAAAUAAUAAAAAUUAAAAAGUUAACAAAGAAGAAAAAAGGACUUANUGAAAAUGAAAAUAAAUAAAUAAAAUUUUCAUUUUCAUUUUCUUUCUCUGGCCAACUGAUGAAGUAUUGAAAACGUUUUUGUACAGAGAAAAACUCAGCCGUCUUUUAAUCUUUUUUAAGUCCUUUUUUCUUCUUUGUUAACUUAUUAAUUUUUAUUAUUUCGAUGGAAAAAUAAAAUAAAUUAUUUUAAUCCGAUUAUCAUUCUGGCAUAGCCAAAACAGAAUUUCGGGCUAUAUUCUUGCACAUAUGCAAGGUAAGCUUGUUUUCACAUUAUUAUUAAAUAAAUAUUAGUUUUUCCUUUUAGAAACAAACAGAUUGGUGUUUAGAAAUAACAUUGCUCCCGUCCAGGGCAAAAAGCAAUAUUAUACGGACAUCUAUCCAAUAAGUAGCAAAGAUCCAGAGUAUGUGAAAGGCAACUUUUAGUUACGACUUUCUUAUGCUGUUACUUUCUAGGCUGAAAUACAAAAAUGCCACUUGGAUUCGAGGAGAAGGAACUGAAAGACCACACAUCAAAAUUGGGGUAUGUAUAACGUGAGCGGGAGAAGUUUGCUGUUUUUAGAGUGAUACGACUCCUUUAUGAAGGUUUUAAUUUUAAAACACCGUCAUCCAACGAACGUCGUUGGAAUAAUAUUUGAAAUAUGUUUUGUAAAUACUAAAGCUCCAACAAAAAACAGUGCUCUCGCAUGCUCGCUUCUAUCACUAGUCGAUGUAUUCACCGAAUACCGUUUUUGGUUUGUAGUUUGAUAAUUUUCAUCUGGAUAAAAUCAAAUCCAGUGGUUGGAAACUGGUAGCUUUUUGUCUUACUAACACUGGUGCAAUUCAUCCGAUGCACGAUUUCCUCGGUGGAAACUUGUGGCCACAACAACCAGUGCAACAUCCAAUAAUCGUGCCACUAGAUCCGAAACAAAUCGAAAGGAAUAAUAUGGAAAUGAUGUAAGCUCCUUUUUGUACCUAGCAAAGCAUCUGCGAAGCAGGUGCAUUUAAAACUUUAUCAGCAGCCUAGUAGCUAAGACCUCUUAGGAGAAUAAAAGUUCAUAACUUUGUCUCACGCUGCCCUUGACUAGAAUGGUGAGACACAUUUUGAAUGCUAGUGAAAAUGACGA